CAUCAGUUCGCCGUAUUCGGUACUGUGUCUGAGUAAAUAAUGCGAGUUAAUUCUAGCGAUUUAUUGAAAUAAUAAAAAAAUAAUAUGUGAACGGUUAAUAAUGUUAAGAGGCUACCUCCGAAAAUAUAGGACUAUGGUACUAGCUAGUGUAGUCUUUUUUUAUUUAGGAUGUUGCCUUACAAUAAAUUUUACUCGCAUAGAAUGUGCAAAUAAAACAUCAAGCAAAAAGGAAUUAGAAACUCAAGUGCAAUCGUUGUCAAAAGUACAAUAUGUUGUAAUUAUACUUAGCAGUCCAAACAAUGAUCUUCACCGUGAUGCUGUUAGGACAACAUGGGGAAAUUACGUUAAUAAUAUAUUUGUAGAAAAUGGUGAAAUAAUAUACAAAUGGAACCACAAUAGUAUGUCAGAACAAUCACAACGAAAUGUUAUCAAAUUAUUGUUUGUUGUGGGCACGUUAGGUUUAAGUGGAAUAAAAGCAGAUAAAUUACGAAAUGAACAGAAGCGUAAUAAGGACAUUUUAAUCCUUGACAAUAUUGAGGACACCUACAAAAACUUAUCAUUAAAAGUAUUAAAUGCCUUGAGUUGGAUAAGUGAAAAUUUAAAGGAAAUGAAAUAUGUAAUAAAAUGUGAUGAUGAUUCUUUUGUUAGAAUUGAUUUAAUAGUCAAAAAUCUUAAUGCUUUUGCUCCAAAUAUGAAUGCACCUGAACUAAACAAGUUUGUUACAUUUAAGGAACAACUGCCUACAUACAAAGGGUUGUACUGGGGUUAUUUUAGUGGUCAUGCUGAAGUGUUCCUUACUGGCAGGUGGCAGGAGAAGGGUUGGUUCUUGUGUGACAAGUACUUGCCUUAUGCACUUGGUGGCGGUUAUGUGAUAUCUCGCAGAAUUGUCGAUUACAUAGCACAGAAUAUGGAUCUUCUAAGUUAUUACAAUGCAGAAGAUGUAUCAAUGGGUGUUUGGACAGCUUCCUUGAAUGCAAUAAACAGAGUGCACGAUGUCAGAUUUGACACUGAAUGGAAAUCACGAGGCUGCAAAGACAACAUGCUUAUAAGACACAAGCAAACAUCAAGUGAUAUGUUCCAAAUGCACAAAAGUCUUGCACAAUCGGAUGGACAUAAACUCUGUGGAACUGAAGAAAUUAAUAGAAAAACGUAUUUCUAUAAUUGGAAUGUACUGCCCAGUGCUUGUUGUAAAAGAAAUUAAUAUUAAUGCUAUUUAUUUCUAGUCUUAUCUAAGAUGUAAUUGAUUGAAUUAAGAUUUAAUUUUUUAAUAUUUUAUUUUCACAAAUCAAUGAA